GUGGAGGUGAUGGUGUUGUGAUGAAACAUUCCAAGAGCUUCUGAAGAUUUCUGAUAUAGAAGUCAAAGAACAUCGCUUCCAUCAAGUGAUUUAAAAGUGAAAUAAAGGAGAAAAAACAAUCAAAACUUAUGAAAGAACUUAUAUCAGACUGAGGACUUGGUUCCUCUUAAUUUCUGUUACACGUACCAUCACAGCAGAUACAGGUUUUUUUACUCUAAAUACUGGGAAACAGAAUGCCUGCCAAGACACCCAUGUACUUAAAGACGUCCACACCAAAGCGAGGCAAGAAAUUUAAAAUACGGGACAUUCUUUCAGGUGACAUGAUAAGCCCGCCCUUGGGUGAUAUGCGUCACAGUGCCCAUAUCGGGCCUGAAGGAACGGGAGACAUGUUUGGUGAUGUGGGAUUCUUACAAGGCAAGCUAGACAUGCUUCCGACCCUCAAUCAAGCGCCCAGCUCUCGUUCCCACAGCAUGGACAGAAGACUAGACGAGAUCUUUGAUGUGAACAGCAAGAGCCACACUUACCAUCGCAGUCAUAAUUCUCACCUCAAUUCACUCCUCAAAACCACCAUUUCCAUGCCAGUGUUCAUUGCUCCAGAGCAACCUCCUCCUAAACCACCUCGUCUGCAUUUAGAUGAGCACUCACCCCCUGUUCAUCUGAACCACCAUCGGCAGAAUAAUCAUCAAAGUCCACAUCCACAGAUUCAGGAACAACACAUUCAGCAACAGCGUUCAAUGUCUGUGUGCGUGGAAGGAGUCGGGCAUCAUGUAGAUCCCUACCAUGAUCAUACUCUUUCUGCAUCAAUCCCAGUUCUUCCUCACCUGGUGCCUUCCACAGGCUACUUGUCUGAGGCUUCCUCUGACGAUUCCAUGUCAUACAGCUGUGGGCCGCUGGACCCUAAACAAGGCUUGAGUCUAGACUCUGAUGCAGGGCUUAGUAAUGAGGACCUGCGGAGUGAACACUGUGAAUCUUCAGCUGUCUCACCUGCCAUGUCACGCUCAGAGUCCUUCAUGGGUUUGGAUCUGGACCUGGGACCAUCCAUUUUGGAGGAUGUUCUUAGGAUCAUGGACCGUUAUAAGAGUGUUGAAGAGAGACACGAAAUAUAAACUGACCAGGAGACACCUUUAGAUACUAUGAUAUAGGUGUCAGCAGACUCAUGACAUCUAAUACCUGUUUGAAAGGACAAUGGGAGCAUUGGAAAAAAAGGCAAUAACUGGUUGUGCCACAGAUACUGCAAAUCAUUGGCACAUACAGUAUGUAACCAAACAUAAAUAUCACAAAUGAUUAUUGUCUGACACAACUGUUAGUAAUAUAACGGUGUUAAUAUGUUUUGUUACUAUACAUUGUGACCAAACUGGAGAAGUUAAAUAUUCAAACACUAACUGUCUGUUCAUUUUUGUAUAUUUGCUCUGUUACUUAUUAAGCUUUGUUAUACAGGGAAAAGAAUUGGGAAUUUGGCUGCACCAUUUCUAAAAGUUAAACUUUGUGUCAAAAAUUUUGCUUAAAGGUCCAAAAGUAUAAAUUGUGGUCAGUUUAGGGGAGUACUAUCAGAAUAAGGCCCCACUUUCUUUUAGAUUCACUUUCAUGCAAGUAAACAUAUUAUGAUGAUGUCAAAUAUUAUGCUUUCUGGCCUGUGAGAUAAUUUACAUUUAUGCAUUUGGCAUAAUUCUGUUCCCUGCCUAAAGAAAUCUCUAUGUAAAGGUUUAUCUUUGUUGGAAUGUUAUAUUACAGUAUAUAUUAUUGUAUUGUAAUAUAUAAAAAACACAGUC